GAAUAUUUGUUUUUUGUAAUGGAAUAUCUCAAAGGCGGUGAUCUCAUGCAUCAUAUUCAAGCAGUUAAAAAAUUUGAUGAAAAUCGUUCACGAUUUUAUGCUUGUGAAAUUAUCAUUGCAUUACAGUUUCUUCAUUCAAAAGGCAUCAUUUAUAGAGAUUUAAAAUUGGAUAAUAUUUUAUUGGAUUCGGAUGGGCAUGUUCAUUUAGCUGAUUUUGGUAUGUGCAAAACGGAAAUGAAUCGAGAAAAUGGUAUGGCAUCAACAUUUUGCGGUACACCAGAUUAUAUUGCACCUGAGAUAAUUAAAGGUCAGUUAUACAAUGAAGCGGUUGAUUUUUGGUCUUUCGGCGUUUUAAUGUAUGAAAUGUUAAUUGGACAAAGUCCAUUUCAUGGUGAAGGAGAAGAUGAGCUUUUCGAUUCAAUUUUAAAUGAAAGGCCAUAUUUUCCAAAAAGUAUUGGUAAAGAAGCUGCGAAAUGUUUAAGUGCGUUAUUUGAUCGUAAUCCAAAUACUCGUCUCGGUAUGCCAGAAUGUCCAGAUGGUCCAAUACGAACACAUUCCUUCUUUCGCGGUGUUGAUUGGAAACGAUAUGAAGCACGACAAAUGCCACCUCCAUUUAAGCCAUCUGUGGUAAAAAUUAAUACCAAACCUUUUGUUAUUAUUUAUUUAUUUAUUUAUACAGUUAUUAUUUUGUAA